CUACAGCAAACCACUUUUGGCUAAGAGCCAUCUAGUAUCUAGUGUCGUUAAGCUCCCUAAUGCCGACCGUAUCUAUUCCUCCCUUCAUACCAACGACCAGAAAACCUAACUGAAUUCCGUCCGCGACACACGGACCUCACUCAACUCAAUGGCUCCCCCCUCCAGAUUCGGGGGUGGCCCUCCGAACAUGGCGCCUUAUCAGCAUCAGUUCCCCUCCCACCCGUCGCAAGGCCAUGCGACCGCUCACCAACCCCCCGCCUUGGGAAACUCUGCCUACUUAGGUAACACGCAGAUGAGCCCUUUCGCAGCUAGCGGAUUAGGACUCGGUGGUGGCAUUAACGCUGCCGCUGGCUUUGGCGUCGCAGACCAGACCGGUUUUGCUAGCCACGCUGCCCGAUCGGGCUUCCAACACGCCGCGCAACUACAGCAGCAGCAACAACAGCAGCACGCCCACCAAGCCCACGCUAUGGGAGCUGAUCGACAGGCGCGGUCGGGUGGCGCAGGUAGGCCCCGUGUACGCGAGGUCUGGAAACACAACUUCAACGAAGAGAUGGCCAUCCUGAUGGACCUCGUUGACGACUAUCCUUACGUAGCAAUGGAUACAGAAUUUCCCGGUAUCGUGGGCCGCCCCAUGGGCAACUUCCGAGGAAAGAGCGAUUACCACUACCAGUGCCUACGUGUCAAUGUUGACUUGCUGAAGGUGAUCCAGAUAGGACUUAGCUUAUUCAACGAGAAGGGCGAAACCCCCGCCGACCGAGCUAAUGCGUCGAACGAGGUUGGUCCCAAUGCCCGAAGUCGAGGAAGCCAGGCGCAAAUGCCUCUCGCCUGGCAGUUCAACUUCAACUUCUCUCUCAAGGAGGACAUGUACAACCAGACCUCGAUUGAAUCCCUACAGCACGCCGGUAUUGACUUCAACCAACUGGAACGUGACGGAAUCGACCCGCAGAAGUUUGCCGCACUCUUCAUACCUUCUGGCUUCGUUUGCUUCGACAACGUCAAGUGGAUCUCGUUCCACGGCGGUUAUGACUUCGGCUACCUUACGAAGCUUCUCUCCAACGAAAAGCUAGCCAACGACGAGAGCGAGUUUGAUAAGAUCAUGAAGAAGUGGUUCCCAACAACGUAUGAUGUUAAGCACCUCAUGAAAUACGCUGUGAAGCUCCAUAGUACCGGUCUUCUCACUCCCUCGGAUCCCGCUACUGCCGAGAUCAUGCAAAAGUUUGAGCAGAAGUCAGGCUUAGAGAGCAUCGCAGAUGCACUGAAGAUCAAGAGAGUCGGCGCCGCUCAUCAAGCUGGUUCGGACAGUCUCCUGACGGGACGAGUCUUCUUCCAGCUACGCGAGCGGAUCUACAACGGUGAGAUCUCGGACGACCAUAUCGGCAAAGUCUGGGGUCUCGGAUUCUCGGGAAUGGAGAUGCCCACCUCCACACAGAACCAGACUAACAACGCAGGUAAUACCUCGCCUGGCAACGGUAAUGGGAAUGGGAAUGUGAACGGUGGUCCUACCACACCUAGCACGGUGAGCGCCGGACUCGCUAGCACCCCGGCUGCGCAGGCCCACAACACAAAUGGAAUAGGGAUGGGACCUAUGACCCCAGGUGGCGGAGGAGGUGUUUUUGGAGCCUUCAACUUUCCGGGGAAUCCUAGAUAGAAUCCGAGUUUCGGAAAUUGCUUUGGUACGCCGAUAGAUAUAAAAUACGCCUUACCAGUACCCUUUGGUCUUCCGCCUAACGUUUACUUACCACCUCUCUUUCUCCCGCCAUUUUUGCCGCAAUUAACUCAUCUUUGGAACUUCCCGGAACC